UUAUGAUCUUUUUGUUUGUUAAUUAUUAAAACCUUUUUGUUUUUGGGAGAAUUCAGUCUGGACAUUCACUUUCUACAGCACCACACCAUUCACCUUGUCGCAGUUGGUGUCAGAAGUGGGAUUUGGGAUGGACGCCGCUGCAUUGGGAGCGAUAUUGGAGGCACAGGAGCGAAGACACCAGGAGGGAAUGGCGACCAUGAUGGAGCAGAUGCAUGCCAUGUUCCUGGAAGCCAAUCGGGGGGGACCGGCGACAGAACCAACGCCACCCUUACCGAAGAUAAGGAUGGUAAAAAUGUCGCUGGAGGAUGAUCCCGAGGCCUAUUUGGUAGCCUUUGAGAGGCAGGCAACGGCAGCGCAGUGGCCUCGGGAUUGGUGGGCUACCCAGUUGGGGCCCAAUUUGAUUGGGGAGGCCCAGGCAGCCUACCAAGCCUUAACCAAUGAAGAUGCCCUCAACUAUGAUAGAGUGAGGCAGGCCAUUCUCCAGCGACUCGACAUCACGGAGGAAACCCACCGUUGCCGGUUCCGGGAAUACCAGCGACCCCCAGGACUGCGACCCCGCGUGGUGGCACAACAGCUGGUGGACCAUGUGACCCGGUGGCUCUGCCCCGGCACCAAUAGCGCAGAGCAAGUCACCGAGCUCAUUGCCAUCGAGCAAUUCGUGAAGGUGCUGGGGCCAGACACGAGGAACUGGGUCAGUCGCCACCGUCCCACCACGCUGGAGGCAGCGGUCAGAUUGGCUGAAGGGUUUGAGGACGCUCUACCUGCUGCUCCAGUGGUUGCACCACCUGCUCCUGCCUCCAAUAGACCGCGAGCGGCAACACCACCACCACCACCCCGUGUCACCCCCACUGCUCACGGACCAGCACUGCAACGUCACCCCAUGGGCGGCCUCCCUCCAACACAGUGGAGAGCGAGGGCGACCCCCAGCGGGGUAAGAGCAGAGUACCCCUCCCCGCUGCCAAACCGGCAACGGGACACGCAGGCUCCGUGGGCACCCUUUCGCCCCACAUGUUACCGGUGCCAGGAGGUCGGUCACCUGGCGCGGAAUUGUCCAGCGGCCAUGGAGUGUGGUGUGACCUCCCAUUACGUCCUGACAGCACCAGAGGAGCAGGAGGACGGGAGGCUGUAGCCAGCGAGCCAGCACUUACCCCAGAGCACGCCCCUCA